CCCGUCCCGGUGGCCCCGCGCCCCCGGCCCGCCUUCCUCCUCCUCCUCCUCCUCCUCCUGCUCGUGCUCCUGCUGUCAGGCUCAUCCCAGGCAAACUCAGUGGAAAGGAAGAUCUACAUUCCCCUGAACCGGACGGCCCCCUGCGUCCGGCUCCUCAAUGCCACGCAUCAGAUCGGCUGCCAGUCAUCUCUGAGCGGGGACACCGGGGUGAUCCACGUGCUGGAGAAGGAGCAGGACCUGCAGUGGGUCUUGGCCGACGGACCCCACCCCCCAUACAUGGUGCUGCUUGAUGGUGACCUCUUCACCAGACCGCUCCUGGAGAAGCUGAAGGCGGCAUCUUCACGCGUGUCCGGCCUGGCCGUGGCCCUGGCCCAGCCCCGGCCCGCCGCCGGCUUCUCCCCUGGACUCCCCUGCCCCAACGAUGGCUUCGGCGUCUACUCCGGCUCCUAUGGGCCUCAGUUUGCCCACUGCAACGGGACGAUGUGGAACCCGCUGGGCAGUGGCCUGGCCUACGAGGACUUCUCCUUCCCCAUCUUCCUGCUCCAGGACCAUAAUGAGACGCAGCUCAUCAAGGAGUGUUACCGGGCACACAAUGUCGGGGAGAACGGGUCGGCCCCGGAGUUCCCGCUGUGCGCCAUGCAGCUCUCCGCGCACAUGCACGCCGUCACCAGCACCGUCACCUGCAUGCGACGCUCCGCCGCCCAGACCACCUUCAGCAUCAACCCAGAAGUCGUGUGCGACCCCCUGACCGACUACAACGUGUGGAGCUCCCUCCAGCCCAUCAACGGCUCCGGCCGUCUGGACCCCGGAAACAGAGUGGUCAUCGCGGCCACCCGGCUGGAUAGCCACUCCUUCUUCUGGAACGUGGCCCCGGGGGCCGAGGGGGCCGCCGCCUCCUUCGUCACCCAGCUGGCGGCGGCCGAGGCCCUGGGCCGGGCACCGGACGCCCCCACGCUGCCCAGAAACGUCCUGUUCGUCUUCUUCCAAGGGGAGACGUUCGAUUACAUCGGCAGCUCCCGCAUGGUGUACGACAUGGAGGAAGGGAAGUUCCCCGUGGCCCUGGACAACAUCCACAGCCUGGUGGAACUGGGCCAGGUGGCCCUGAGGAACUCCACGCUGUGGAUGCACACGGACCCCUUGUCCCAGAGAAACGACUCCGUGCGAGAACAGGUGCAGCAGAUUCUUUUGGCCCUGCGGAGCAGCGGUGCCACCGUCCCCAAAGUCAGCCUGGAGGAGCCCGGACACACGCAGCCCCUGCCGCCCUCCUCCCUGCAGCGCUUCCUCCGCGCCCGCAACGUCUCCGGCGUCGUCCUCACCGACCACCAUGCCGCCUUCCGCAACCAGUAUUACCAGAGCAUCUAUGACACCCCCGAAAACAUCGGCCUGCAGUAUCCCCCCAGCCUGACCCCCGAGGAGGCUCUGAACCAUGUGACCGAGAUGGCCAAGAGCCUGGCAGAUGUGGCCACCGUGCUGGGACGGACCCUGUACCAGCUGGCCGGGGGCGAGAAGUACAACGCCACCGUUCAAGCUGAUCCUCUCACUGUGACUCGCCUCCUGUACGGGUUCCUGAUCCAAGCCAAUAACUCCUGGUUCCGGUCCGUGAUGCGGCCGGACCUGCAGGGCUACCUGGGCGGGGGUCCGCUGCAGCACUACAUCGCCGUCAACAGCCCGGUCAACACUACCUAUGUGGUCCAGCACAUCCUGGCCAACCUGACGGGGGCCGUCCUCAACCGCACCCGCGACCAGUGCCACGGCACCGGGACCGACAAGGACCUGUUCGAGUUUGCGUGGGUGCAGGGCCCUGAGGGGCCGUCGGGCCGGGAGCCCCUCUGCGUCCGCUCCACGGUGCGCCUGUCCAAGGCCGUGUCCCCCGCCUUCGAGCUGCAGCAGUGGUCCUCCACCAACUACUCCACCUGGACAGAGAGCCGCUGGAAGGACAUCCGGGCCCGCAUCUUCCUCGUGGCCGGACGCGAGCUCGAGAUCACGACCCUGGUGGUGGGCAUCAUCAUCCUGGCGCUCUCCCUGGCCACCACCUACUUCAUCAACGCCAAAGCCGACGUCCUCUUCACCAGCCCCCGCGAGCCGGGUGUCGUGUCCUACUGAGCGGGGGCCAGGGGGACCCCCAGGAGACCCCCCCCGCUAGGCCUGCUAACCCACCCCUGGAUCAACACUGGAAUCUCCCACCGCUGGACAGCCUGCCCAGCGGACCCCCAGAGGCCUCGGGGGCCCGGGGGCGGAGGGGAGGGCCUGAGCCUGCCUCAGUCCUGGGAAGGGAGGGGGGCACAGGUGGGGGUCCCCAGCUGGUGAGGGGAGGCCCCAGCAGCUGUGAAGGGCCGGGGGAUCCUGGGUUGGGAAUUGUGAGUUCAGCUGUAAUUUCUAUUUUCUCUUGGUUUUGUACAUAUAUAAAUAGUCGGUUCCAUUAAACAGGUUCCCCCCUCCCCA